AUGUUUAUAGCAUUGGUGUUGAUAUCAGUUAUAUUAUGGAUGGUGUACGAGCAGUGCAGGAUGUGGCGCGUGUUGCGACGUAGCGCGCAGCCAGCCAGCCGGCGGCGCGCGCUGCCACUCCUGGGCCAUGCCUACCUGCUGUUCGGCUCCGACGCUGACCGCAUGAGAAGAUUGGACGCAAUGGGCAGAGAAGCGAUCGAGAAGGGAGGUAUCGUCGCCACGUGGUUCGGCCGUACGUUAUACACAAUUACGUCGGAUGCCGUUGUGGCUGAGCUGGCGCUGCGGCAGUGCUUGGCGAAGACGGCGAUGUCGGACAUCCUGCGGCACCUCUGCGGGAACGGCUCCGUCGUUGCGCCCAUUGAAAUUUGGCGGUCGCGGCGCAAGUUGAUAACCCCGAUUUUCUCAACGAAACAUCUUCGCGACUCAUUUGCCACAUUCAGUAGGAAGAGCGCGGAGUUGUCUGAGCGGCUGCGGCCGGCGGCGGGCCGGGGCACACUCUCCAUUGCCAAGUAUCUCUCCACUUACACUCUGGAGUCUGUCUGUGGUGAGAGCAAUGAGAAGGACCGCAGUGAGUUUCUGUGCGCGUUCGAGGAGUUCUGCCGCAUCGCCCUCCUGCGCAUGAGCAAUCCGCUGCUGGCAGUGGAGGCGGUCUUCAAGCUGAAUCCCAACUAUACAUCCUACUACAGAAGUAUUAAGGUCAUGUGGGAUUUUAUCGACGAGAUAAUCAAUUCCAAGAAAGGAUUGAGAAAAAAUAAGAAUGCGAACACAAAUGAGGACAUUAAACAUCCGAAGUCAUUUAUGGAGUUGCUGAUGUGCGCCCCCGGGGCCGGGGGUGCGCCGGGGGGAGGCGGCACCCCCCGGGCCGUGGAGCUGCGCGAGGAGAUGCUGGUGCUGGCGCUGGCGGGCGGCGACACCAGCGCGGUGGCCGCCUCCUUCCUCUGCUGCUUGCUGGCGCACCAUCCACGCGUACAGGACAGACUCUACGAGGAGUUGCUAGAAGUGCUGGGGGAGAGGACAUCUAUUGAAGUAGAAGAUCUGCCAAAGCUGAAGUAUAUGGAGGCCGUUAUUAAUGAGUCAUUGAGGUUGUAUCCACCGGUCCCGAAUAUAAUAAGAAAAGUGCCGAAAGAUAUAACACUACCAUCAGGUGCGACGUUGUUGGCGGACAGCGCGCUGCUGGUGAGCGUGCGCAGCGUGCAGCGCAGCGCGGCGCAGUGGGGGCGCGACGCGGACCUCUUCGACCCCGACCGGUUCCUGCGCGGCGACACACGGCACCCGCACGCAUUCAUUCCAUUUGGUUUGGGACCGAGAAAUUGCGUCGGCUACAGAUACGCCAUUAUGUCCAUAAAGACGGUUGUCGCGGCGCUGCUGAGAGACUACAAGUUCCUGCCGCCGUCCCCGCCCCCGCCUUCGCCCCUAUCCGGGGACACUGACAAACUUUUCUCUCUCAAAUUUGACAUAAUGUUAAGAGAUAUGGGGGGAUUUAAACUCAAACUAGAAUCUAGACGUAUUUAAAUGUUUACGAAAUAUUUAUUCUUCCAAAAAGUAGAUAUUGUGAUGGGAAUCGCUUUUGUUUGGAAAUGUAUACCAUGUCUGUAUUAGAUUAACGAAUUAUUUUUGUUAUUUCCUAUGUAAUUACUUUUGUAUAAAUAAAAAUUAA